AUGGCGAUCGGGCCACUCUCCAACCUAGAACGUGAUUUCAUCCAGAAUGCCAUCGCCGCGGGCGUGCGUGAGGACGGGCGUGGCCCCUACGACUCCCGCACCCCCUCCUUCUCCUUUUUCCCCGACGACUCGGGGUGCGUGGUGGCGCUGGGGGACACCCUGGUCUCCGCCGGGGUCUCCGCCACGCUGCGCCCGCCCUUCCCCGACCGCCCCAACGAGGGCUCCCUGCGCGUCUCCGCGCGCCUGACCCCACUGGCCGCCCCGGGGUCCGACCCCGGCGCGCGCUCGGCCCCGGAGGCCGAGGAGCUGGCGCUGGCGCUGGAGCGCGGCCUGCGCGACGGCCGCGCCGUGGACCUGGAGGCGCUCACCGUCCUCCCCGGUCGCAAGGUCUGGCACCUGGACCUGGCGCUGACGGUGAUGGGCGCAGGCGGCGGCCUUCUGGACGCCGCGGGGCUGGCCGCGCUGGCGGCGGUGUGCGCGCACCGCCGCCCCGCGACGCGGGUGGACGACGCGGCGCGCGGCCUGGUCUCGCUGCUGCCCCCCGGGACGGGUGAGACGCAGCCCCUGUCCAUGCACCACCUCCCCGUGCCCGUCACCUUUGCGCUCUUCCCCGGCGGGCACCUGGCGCCCGCGACGCGGGUGGACGGCGCGGCGCGCGGCCUGGUCUCGCUGCUGCCCCCCGGGACGGGUGAGACGCAGCCCCUGUCCAUGCACCACCUCCCCGUGCCCGUCACCUUUGCGCUCUUCCCCGGCGGGCACCUGGCGGUGGAUCCGACGGCGCGCGAGGAGCGCGCCGCGGCCGGCGCGCUGGCGCUGGUGCUGACGCCACAGGGCGAGGUAUGCGCCGCGCGGAAGGCGCGCGGCGCCGGCUGCGCGCCCUCGCAGCUCCUGCGCUGCGCGCGCCUGGGGCGCGGCGUGGCCGAGGAGCGCAUCGCGGAGGGUGGGGGGCCUCGACCGGCGGAGGCAGCGGCGCAUGAAGGGGUCGUGGCGGCGUCUACGGGGUCGGAGCUCGUCGACGAGCCCAUGCCGGAGCGGCAGCCGGCCCCAGAGGAGGCGGCGACCAGCGAGGGCGAUGGAGCAUUGGGCGGCGCUCUGAAGACCGACAUUCCGGCGGAAGUCCUGGAGGUCGAUGCGGGGGCCGAUGCCGCGAUGGAGGAGGCCGAAGCGCCGACUGGUACCGGGGGAGACACGACAGGCCCGGCGGCUGGACCUUCCACCACCGCGGCAGAGGCAGCAGGAACGCCAGCGCCGGCCAACCCCAGCCAGGCCCGUGUGGAAAGCGCAUCACAGGCAGGAGCCGGCAGCGCAGAUGCGGGCGUGGCCGCGGGGAGUGGGAGGAAGAAGAAGCGGAGGAAGGCGCGCGCCGCAGAGGCGGCCGCCGAUGGGCAGGCGGAGGACCCUUACGCCGCCAUCGCGGAGAUGAUCGCGCGGGCGGGCAAGGCUGCCGCGCCGGGAACCGCCCCUCCCGCCGACCUGCGCUCCGCGAUGCGCACGCAGCAGGCACGCCAGAGGAAGCAGGCGGGGAAGUGA